AUGUCGGAAACGUUUCCACGGCGUCCCCGUGCCGUUUCCGUCCCCUUACAGUCCCCGGGACGGGAGACGGCACCUACUAGCCGUUUCCGUGCUUCCGAGAUGAGAAUGCUAAGAUGGAUGUGUGGGCACACAAGGUUAGACCGGAUAAGAAAUAAUGUUUUUAGGGAGAGGUUAGAAGUAGCCAGUAUAUCAGAUAAGAUAAAGGAGGGAAUAUUGAGAUGGUUUGGGCAUGUGAAGAGGAGGCAGUCGAUAGAGCCAGUUAGAGUAGUUGAAACUCUUGAGGUGGAGGGGAGGAGGAGUAGAGGCAGACCCAAAAUCACUUGGGAUGAGCGGAUUAGGCAGGAUUUGCAAAAAUUGCACCUCUGUAAGAACAUGGUCCAUGAUAGGAGCUCGUGGAGACGUAGGAUUAAGGUUAAAGAUUUCUAG